AUGCCUAAAUCCAUUGAGCUGCUGCCAUAUAAAGUGCAAUACAGGCCAGAGCCUCCUGCUUCGUGUCCGGUGGCCUCUCACACAUCUGCGUCCGGCUUUGUGUUGUCCUGGUCGGGGCCCUGCUACGACGGCGGCAGUGCCAUCCUGGGCUAUGCGGUGGAAGUGAGAAGGCAAGGACCUUCUGAGCCCGGAGAGUGGAAAACGCUCACGGCCGACUGCGCCAGCACCUCAUACCAGGUGGCGUCCGGGCUGCAACCAGAACAGGAGUACCGUUUCAGAGUGAGGGCUUACAACGCGGUGGGGGAGAGCGAGCCCAGUCCCGUUUCAGCCGUGGUGAAAAUGGAGAGGACAGAUUCUGAGAAAACACAAGAAGAAGCCACUCAGUACUCCUGUGUCACGAUUGAUUCGUCCCACAAAGUUACCGAUCACUACAACCUGCACGAGAAAUUAGGAACGGGAAAAUUUGGCCUUGUGUUCAAGCUCACCCACAAGGAGACGGGCCUCGUGUGCGCGGGAAAGUUCUACAAAGGACGGCGGGCCAAAGAGAGGGAAGCCGCGCGCAAGGAAAUCGAGCUGAUGAACGACCUCCACCACCCCAAGCUUGUUCAGUGUCUGGGCGCCUACGAUCACAAACCGGAGAUGGUCAUGGUGAUGGAGUUCAUCGCAGGCGGGGAGCUGUUCGAGCGCAUCGUGGACGACAACUUCGAGCACACGGAGCUGGCCAGCGUGCGCUACAUGCAGCAGAUCCUGGAGGGGAUGGCCUUCAUGCACCAGCAGAACAUCGUCCACCUGGACCUGAAGCCCGAAAACAUCGUUUGCGUCGACACCACCGGCACCUCCGUCAAGAUAAUCGACUUUGGACUGGCCAGUAAACUCGAUGGCAACGCCGCCCUGAAGGUGAUGCACGGCACUCCUGAGUUUGUAGCGCCUGAAGUCAUCAACUACGAGCCCGUGUGCUUGGCCACUGACAUGUGGAGCAUCGGCGUCAUCUGCUACAUCCUGCUAAGUGGUGAGUCUCCGUUCCAGGGAAACAGUGAUGCGGAGACGCUGGCCUUGGUCACAGCAGCUCAGUGGGAGUUUGAUGAAGAGAGCUUUGAAGAUAUCACAGAGGAGGCCCAGAAUUUCAUCAGCUCUCUCUUAAAUAAGGACCCCAGGCGGAGGAUGUCCUGUGAAGAGGGCCUUGCCCACCCCUGGAUGGAGAAGUUCAACUCUGAAAACCUGCCUUCCACUAAGACUCUGUCGAAGGAGAAGAUGAAAAGGUUUCUAGCCCGGCAGAAGUGGAAGAAAGCCGGCAAGGCCAUGCUAGCCCUAAAGAGAAUGGCUUUGCUGUCUAAAAGCGAAAGUGCUGCCGCUCUCACAAGCCCUGGAAAGGACGGAUCGCUGAGCCCUGAAGCAGAGGACGCCCUGCAGUCUCUGGACCGUAAGAUGCAGGGACCGCCCCAAUUUACCGAGCGCUUGGAGGACCAGAAAGUAGCCCAGGGCUCCUGUGCCCACCUGUCAUGCCACCUCACUGGAUAUCCUGAUCCGGAGGUGGUGUGGCUGCGCGGAGACGAGCCCGUGGAAGAAUCAUCCACGGUCCAGAUCGAGUAUGAAGACGACGGCCGCUGCACCCUGGUUCUCUCAAACGUUGGACCGGAGGACGGCAAUGUUUACACCUGCAGGGCAACCAAUGAUCACGGGGAGAUUUUCUGCAGAGCUAAGCUAACAGUCUUAUAACGGUCCAAAUGACUAUGAAUGCACAGAGGAAUUGUGUAGACAUGUUGAUCUCGAGUGCCUGCAAUAUGUGCAGUCAUCUUUUGAAGUGGCGAAGGCGAAUAAUGAAUGUAAUGUAAAAGUUGUGGUGCAACUGGAGUAUAACACGCAUAGCCGUACACAGUUUAGAUAAGGUACCUGAGUGUAGUUAUAAAGCGCGACGCGCAAGAGUUGCUAUAUCCCUGUAUGGCUUAGAUAUAUUUAUACACUGAUUUAAAUGUGGUUUCAGCUGAUAAUGUGAACUAUGGAGUAUAGCUGCAGCUGUCAACCAAAUUAAGUUUGAAAGCUAAAACGGGCUAAAAUUAAAUGUUGGUUUUAAAUUGUGAGGAUGGCAUCAUAUUUCUGAUCCGCGUAUGUCAUUUUUUAAAUGUCUUUAUGUCUAAAUAUAUUAUUGGAUUGCGUUUAAUCAAUUUUUAUUGUUGUUUUAAAAGGAAAACGCAUCUAAAGUUCUUUGUGUUUUUAACCUGAUUGUCCCAUCAUGUGGUCGUCUGGAACCUGUGAAAAUUGGUAUGCUGCCAAAGAAAGUUCGCCGUCACGGGGACGUAUAUAACGGAAAUGUUUUUGUAACAAAUAAAGCUCGGCAAAAACGUC